AUGGGGAAAACACUAGGCUUAAGUUCGCUGGAGCUCAAGGCUCUUAGUGUCCCCUCAUCGCUUCGUUUCCUUCUCGGCGUGGAAUAUGAUGUUUUGUUGUGUGUGACAGAGGUUGGCAAGCGCCGAUCGUGCACGAUUCGCUUUCCUGUUUUGGGAAUUAACUUUCAGAAGCUUCUCGAACUGUGCGCGGAGCGCUUUGGCCUUUGUUGCACACAAAAUGAGGAUCACUCACUUCUCUCCGGGACGGCCAUAAUACCACCUUUGCGCUACAUUGAUUACUUACCAGGGGCUCUACACGCGGAGGAAUUGCUGGGUUGUUUGGGUGUGAAACCGGUCACAAAUCCAAAACGUUACGGAGCAUCCGUACACGAUUUUUUAGCAUCAUUUAUUGAUUACAGUGGGUACAACACAGAUGCUUCACUUGCCGAUGUGCAUGGUACCGGGUUUUACUUAACGCUAGACCACGGCCUCUCGACUGCCACCCAUAGCCAUCUUGUGAAGAUUUCCUUUCACAAAGGGUGUAGUCUGGAGGAGGCGUUGCGGGAAUUUGAGGAGUUUAGUGGGUGGACCACAUUUGACAUACGCUACGAGGAUGUGGACGACAAGCUUGCAGGUGGAGUCGUAGUGAUGCCCUCAGUUCAAGAUGCAUGUGAUUUAUUUGAAAAGUACGAAGAUGAGGACUCUGAUGAUGAGGGGGGGUUACUCCCGUUUAUGCUUCGCCCAGUCUCUCCACUGACGUCUGUUCCUUCUGUAGAGGAUUCUGCUUUGAAAAGGUUACGAGAUCAUCAGUGGGGAGAAAUUGAAAAAUUCUGGGAACGCUUCCCCAAGUGGAAAAAUUGUGUUGUGGUUUCAAAUCUAUACGAGUCUGCCUCACUGGAGGAGGCCCUUGCGCUCUUUAAGGAUCUCACCGUCACGGCCUCUUCGCUGGUGGAGGAUAACUCGCCCGCGCGACGAAGACGCGUUUUUGUGACGUUUGCGACGUCGGAUGAGGCCAAAACUGCGCUGUUUGUGGAUGGCAAGAGUACGAAAGGAAAAACACUGCGGGUACAGGUUUCGCCGCCGUACCUCAAUGAAAGUCGACGGGGGCGAGUGUUGGAAAGUCGACCGCCUUCGCUCUCGGAACCGCCUGGACAACAGCCAGCAACAGAGAAGCGUCCGGUUUCUUUGGGUUCUCCUGCUCACGCUCGAGAAAAACGUGACGCCGCUGCCAGUAACAAUCCCGAGGCUUCCACACCGUCGGGAAGAAAUCGAAGUAGCAAGAAAGCUGGCGAUGACAAAAAUUGGAAUGCACCUGUACCGAAAAGCCGCACACCGAUACAGGAUGCCGCCUCGGCUCCUGUUCCUGGUGCAGCUGCAGCUAGGGAAGGCGGAGACCAAAAAAAAACAGCAACACCGCCAAAACAAUCACAACGUAGUCCAAUAAUUGUUGCGUCUACGAUGAAUGCGAACGCCAGAGAAUUUGUUCCGUCUUCUACAUAUCAGGCAAGCACUACCUCUCCUGAGUACUACCAUUCGUCAAUCCCAAUGGCAUAUUUGGACGAAAACUACGGGCAGCCUCCUCCUUGUUACCCUGCCGUCGCUUUGGGACCUGUUGGAAUGGCGCGUCCAAUGGGUGUAGUGCCCCGAAGUUUAAGGAGCGGGGCGGCGCCACCGCCGUAUUCGUCGCCGCCGCCUUACUCCAUGGUCAGUGGACAAAGCAUGCACAUGGUUCAGCCCCCACCUCCUCCACCUCCACCGUCCUCGUAG